AUGACACAGGAUGACACAGUAAGUUCUGUCAGUAGGCCACCAUCUUCUCUUCCUAUCUCUAUUCCCAUCUCUGCUAUUACAUCUUUGCCCCUCUUUCUCACAGUUGCCGCGCCUGUGGAAGAUGAUAAGAUUGUGGGAGGGUACGAGUGCAGGAAGAACUCUGUGCCCUACCAGGUAUCGCUGUUCACAGGGUACAACUUCUGUGGAGGGUCCCUCAUCUCCAGUCAGUGGGUGCUGUCUGCUGCUCACUGCUACAAAUCGUCUGACGUUGAAAUACGUCUCGGAGAGCACAACAUCUGGGAGGCCGAGGGCACAGAGCAGCACAUCUGGUCCGUCAAGUUCGUCCGUCACCCGGAGUACAACCCCCGCACCCUGGACAACGACAUCAUGCUCAUCAAGCUGAGCAAGGCCGCCACCCUCAACAGCUACGUGCAGCCUGUGGCCCUGCCCUCCUACUGCGCAGCCGCCGGGACCCGGUGCCUGAUCUCGGGAUGGGGGAACAUCCGUGACAGCUCCAGCGGCUCAAAAUAUCCGGAGACCCUGCAGUGCUUGGAUGCCCCGGUCCUCAGUGAUGACACGUGCUUCAAUGCCUAUCCCUUCCAGAUCACUUCUAACAUGUUCUGUGCUGGUUUCAUGGAAGGAGGCAAGGACUCCUGCCAGGGCGACUCUGGUGGCCCAGUGGUGUGCAAUGGUGAGCUCCAGGGUGUUGUGUCCUGGGGUCAUGGGUGUGCCCAGAGGAACAAGCCUGGUGUCUACGCCAAGGUCUGCAACUACAACUUCUGGAUCCAAGCCACCAUAGCUUCUAACUGA